AUGCCUCCUUUUCUGCAAUCUCUAGGUAUUGCCACGGCGGUAUUAGCUCUGGUUAUCUGGCUCCUACAUCGGCCAAAAUCCAGACCUGAAGGGCAAACUCAGAAGCAUGAAAUUCAAGCGACUCCCAACCCCUUGAUUGAGAAGUUGAUGGCAAACCUACCACGGAGGGUCCUUCUGCCUCAUCGCGACGUGGACCUGUUUCAACGCGCUAUCAGUACUUAUUACGCCGCACAAGAAUGUGAUGUUCCCCAAUCUGCAAUUGUUCAGCCGUGCGACACCGUGGAGGUUUCAGAGGCGAUUAAGGUCAUCAAGGCCGAAUUUGACCGAACUGGAUCGAAUCCGGAUUCCGAUCAAGUGACAUUCGCAGUUCGAGGUGGUGGCCAAACCACACUCGCACGAGCUGCGAGUGCUGAAAGAGGCGUGUUAAUCGACCUCACUCAUCUACGAGAAGUGACAGUUGCGGAUGACCGCGAAAGUGUAACGAUUGGACCCGGAGCCCGAUGGGUGGAGGUUACACAGGUUCUGGACGAUAUGGGACUUGGAAUUGUAGGAGGAAGGAGUUGUGAUGUUGGGGUGGCCGGCUUUACUUUGGGAGGUAAGCACAGACAGUCUGCAAUAUUUACUCUUGCACCACUGACAAGCAAGCUAGGGGGGAUUUCGUUCUUCACCCCUCGAUACGGGCUGGCUUGCUCAAACACAAUUAGCUACGAAGUCGUUCUUGCGUCGGGAGAAAUUGUUACAGCUACAGCGACUUCCCAUUCCGAUUUAUGGCGAGCGUUAAAAGGCGGCUCGAACAAUUUCGGCAUUGUUACUCGUUUCACCAUGCGCUGCUUUCCAAACUCAAAAAUAUGGGGUGGACACAUUUAUGCACCGAAAUCCCAGUCAACGAAGGGCCUCAUGCUCUUGCAUGAGAACCUCAAACUAAUGGACCCCAGUAUUAGCGGCAAGAAGGUUGAUCCGUAUGCCUCGGGGCCUAUUGCUUGUCUUGGAUAUGUCCAAACUUUGGGAAUUUGGCUUUUUUCCGUGCAUCUGGCCUACACUGACGUGUCGAAAGAGUCGACAGAGCUAAAUAAACGCCCAGCUUUCUGGGAAAAUUCGGGGUUUUUAAACCUCUGGCGAUAUUGGAACAAUUUGAAAGUUCGAACUGUCUCGUCCGCCAUCAUUCAAAUUGGCUCUGGAACCUUUUCUGGUAAGCGAAACUCAUUUGGUACGACGACCAUCAAAAACGAUAUAAAUACAAUUAUCGGGGCUCGUGAUAUCUUCGAGGCAGCGAAAGGGUCCUUUCUGAAGGUAAAGGGUAUUUUCUGGGGCAUGAUUAUGCAGCCACUUCUUCCCUCUUGGGUCGGGAAGGGCGAUCCUAAUAUGGCCGGAAUACAUGAAAAUGAAGAAUCACUUAUUAUUGUCAGCUUGUCGGUGUCAUGGGUGGAAGCUAAAGACGAUGAACUCGUCUAUAAAGUGAUACGAGAGAUACUUGACCAAGUUGACGAUAUUGCGGCGACCAACGGUGCAGGUCACUUGUAUCGCUAUAUCAACUACUGUGAGAAAUGGCAGAAACCCCUGGAAGGAUACGGCCAGGAUAAUUUGCAAUUUCUCAGAAGUGUUAGUAAGGUAUAUGACCCAGACGGGCUAUUCCAGAAAGGGUGUACUGGGGGAUUCAAACUUGGUUAA